UUACCUUCACAUCCAUCAUGUUUUCAUCGAAUAAAUUGGAAACAUUAAAACCGCAUGUGGAGACAAUGUAAACCGUGCUGACCCGGGUUAACUGGAGGACCAGUAAACCGGACAGCUGGACCUGGAGGACCGGGAGGAGCCGACCCGGGUCAGAUGUUGCAGGUGCGUUUGUUUCCAGACACAUGGCGGGGGGUUCCUGCUGCUGGGCGGGGCUCCCGGUGUCGCUGUCCGGCGUCGUGGUGCUGAAACUAUCCUGAUACAAACUGGAGGCCUGGACAACACCAUACAAACACACAUUUACAGGGUUUUUAACCUGUACUGUGUGUAAUAAACCUGAUACAAUGUGAUUUUAUGAUAUGAAUGUGAUUUAAUUUCCUCUAAAAACGACAAAAGAGCAAAGUCAUGUGUCUUUUUUUCUUUAAACUUUGUUGAUGUGUUUGUUCCAGACUGAGCGACCAUGUGGAGGAAGACGUUUCUGCUGCUGCUUCAGUGUGUGGAAGCUGUAGUGUCGUCUCAGUGCUGGCAGGGGGCGACCUUCUCUGAGGCCGUGGUGUCUCCGUCCGUGGACAGCAGUGGGAUCCUUCGUGUUCCUGGGGUGUCGUCGCUGCCCCAGUGCGUGGCGGCGUGCUGCGACCUGCGGGGCUAUGACCUGGCCUGGCUGUUCAAGGGCCGCUGUUAUGUUCUGAGCUGCCAGCAGAAGGCGGACUGUCAUCCCCGAGAUCGACGAGGGGCUGACUCUAUCCUGGUCUUCCUGCGCCGGCCAACCCCUCAGACCCUGGUCCUGCAGUCUCUGGUCAGAGGUGAACCAUACGGUGGCCGCUGGAACCCCCUCUCUAGGUCCUCUGAGGCCCCUGGAGACCUGCAGGCCCUGAAAGACCUGGCUCUGUUCGAUGGACCCCAGCAGGACUUCUCUGACCCCAGGAUGCUGGAUGUGGAAUAUUCAGAGGAAAACCAGGAGGGGGAGGGGCCGGAGAGGCUGACAGAUCAGGAACGAGACCAGCUGAACCAAUCAGAUGCUGAGGAAGGUCCAGAAGGAUGGACGAGUGAGAUGAGCCUGACCCAGAACACCAGUCUGGAAGAGACCAGGACCAGGAGGCCGACUGAAGAUCCUCCUGCUGAAGAGAAAACAAUGAAAACACAGAGGAGCACCGGAGCUACAUCACUCUCACCAUCGUCACAGAAACCAACAGCUGACUCCACCCAACCGCACCAUAUAAGGACGUCACUUCCUGUCACUGCUGCACCUGGUUGGCCCGUCAGCAGCAGCACAUCCUCUCAGACAGUUCCACCGCUGUCAGUGUCUUUUGGAAACACUGUCGUGCAGACGACUUCACCCACAAUUAAACCUGAAGCUUCAGUUCGUUCUGAACCCACAGCUGACGCAGUGAAGAUUCCACUCACCUCCACAGAACAAACAACACAGGUCAUGACCUCUGACCCCACCACUACCUCUGCUCCCAGCACCAAACCCCUGACCACAACCCCUGCACAGACCGUGUCAGAGGUCAGGGAAUCAAACCAUGGUCCGGUGGCAGUCGUGGGUUCGGACAGGAAGCUGUUUCUACCAGUCAGCAGUGUGUUGCUCGAUGGCAGAGGCAGCACCGAUGACCACGGCAUCAUCAGAUAUCACUGGGACAUCGUCAGUGGUCCUCCAGGAUUAAUGCUGAUCAAUGCUGAUGAAGCAGUUGCCACGGCAACAGGCCUUCGGCUGGGGCGUUACGUCUUUAGACUGACAGUGAGCGACCAGCAGGGGGCAUCAGACAACGCCUCACUCACCGUCAGGGUUCAAGAAGUCAUUCCUCCUCCUCCAGCCAGAAGUUUCCCACCGGUCGCUCACGCCAGCGGCAGCCAUACCCUCAUUCUGCCCAACAACUCUCUGGUCCUCCGAGGCUCCGUAACCGACGGCAACCAGACUGAGCUGCACUUCCUGUGGGUCCGAGACGGCCAGAGUCCUGCAGCUGGGGAUGUCCUGUACAGUUCAGACACUCAGGCCUCCCUGUACUUGGCCAACCUGGUGGAAGGCACCUACCUGUUCCAGCUGAGAGUGACCGAUGCCCAGGGACGCUCCAGCACCGCCACGGCCACUGUGGAGGUCCAACCAGAACCGGGCGGGGGCGAGGAGGUGGAGCUGGAGAUGCAGGUGUCGGUGUCUCAGGUGUCGGUGUCUCAGAGGAACACGGUGGUCCGACAGCUGGCCGCUCUGCUGCAUGUCCUCAACGGGGACAUCCAGGUCCGAGCCCUACAGGGACACUCGCACCUCAGUACGGUGUUGCGGUUCUCGGUACGGGGGCCCUCGGGGCCGGUCUCUGGGUCCAGGCUGGUGGCUCUGCUGAGGAACCAGCUGCUCAGAGAGAAGAGCGACUACCUGCUGUUUAGAGUCCUGAGAGUCGACACCGUCUUGUGUCUACUUCAGUGUUCGGGCCGUGGUCAGUGUGAUCCAAUCACAAAGCAGUGUGCAUGUGACCCCUUCUGGACGGAGAACCUGAUUCGUCGUUACUUUGGUGACGGAGAGAGCAACUGUGAGUGGAGGGUCCUGUACACCAUCCUCUCCAGCUUCAUCCUCAUGGUCUUCAUCCUGUCAGUCAGCUGGACCUUCAUCUGCUGCUGCAAGAGGAAAAGACAGACCAAAGUGAGGAAGAAGACUAAGUACACCAUUCUGGACAACAUGGACGAACAGGAGAGAGUGGAGCUCAGACCCAAAUUCAGCAUCAAACACCGCAGCACAGAGCAUAACUCCAGCCUGAUGAUGUCUGAGUCGGAGCUGGACAGCGACCAGGACACCAUCUUCAGCCGGGACCGACCCGUCCGCAGCAGGAACCGGAUCAGCAGCCAGGCCGGCCGCAACGGGAACGCCUUCGGGUGACGGGAAACGUGACCCUCUGCCGACACAGAAGGGACAUUCCCUUACAUGGACGGGACCUAAUGCAACGUCUGCACUGGCAGCUGAGGCGGCGCCAAGAUGUUUGACUCCAUUACCCAGAAACCGUCUGCCAUGAGGUCAGCAACAUCAAACAGAGCACUUUUUAAAGCUGAACUCUUUUUGUAAGAAUUGACCCAAUUGGGUUUUCCUGAGGACAUCAGGAUGACAAACUGCAACUUCUGCAUGAGACAAGAGUUUUAACAAGAACCUGGAAUCAAAAGGUUAAAAACAGUCAUGGUGACAUCAUUUCCUGUGGACAUCACUGAGAAAAACUGAUGUCGACUAAAAAAUGGAUUGAAAUCGUAUUUUUCAUUCUCAUAUGUAACAGAAUAUCCAAAAACACAAAUGACAGAAAAUAUUUGACCAGCGAUGCUAUGGUUUAGUCCAGAUGAGAAAAAGUUCUGUAACUGAUGCGAUAUCCAGAAAACAGUUUGACAACAGAAAUAUACUCAGAUAAACAUGAGUUGUAAAAUCAAACAGCAUUCUAAAAAUGACUUUAGUUGUGCUUAAGUAAAAAAAAAAAAAAAAAACAGAUAGUAAAAGAUAAAAAUCCUUUCAUUUUCCAGAUAUCCUGAAAAGUAUGACAAAAUACAGUCAUGUGAACAUUUUACCACCUUGAUGGUAUAAAUAACUGCAGAUUAAGUAAUAUACUUUGACUGUCACUGAAAAAAAUAGAUUCUAAUCAUGAGACUGUGUGGAAUCUUUAUUUUUCCAAUGCUUGUGUCUAACAGGAUAUCAAAAUAACAGCAAAAUAUUCACUUAAACCCAAGUUGUAAAAUCAAACAGGAUUUAACAAAUGCGUCCAGAUGCCGUAACUUUCCACAUCAAGUUAAUAUUUUUCAUGUUAAGAAAACAGUUUGACAAAAACAGAAAAAUGGUGAGUUUUAGUCUAAGAUUAUUCUACAUAAGAAACAUAUUAAAAUUUUUUUUUUAAAAUUAAGUUAAAAAAAAAUACCACUUUUAACACCAAAUUAGAUUCUAAAAAUGCUGAAAUUUAGUCGACCUGAUGUAAUUUCUCCACUGUUGUCCUUAGAAAAAGAAGAUACUGAUUCAAAUCUUAUAUACAUGCUCAUAUUAUACAGAAAAAAAUUAAGAGAUGAGUUAAAGAAAUUGGUUAAAAAAAAACAAAAACAAAAGGAUUUAGUUAAAAAUCUUGCAGCUGUCAGUGAGAAAAGCUGAUUUUUAACCAAGAAAUGGACUUGGAUGUUUGUUAUGCUCUGAACAGAAUCCAAAAAUAAAAAUAAAUAAACUAAAAUAACGUGUUAAAAUGAUGUUAUUACUGAAAAAAGGCAACGGUGACAUAGAAAUGGAUUAAUGUUCAACUGAAUAUCCAGAAAACAGAAAAAACUCAUGUAAUAUUAAACUUCUGUUUAUUUUCCAUUCAUUUCUAGUCAGAAAUACAAAAUCAGUGUUUUAGAAUUCUUAGAAACUGUACAAACCCAAACUGCAGCUCUCAGUACUGAACAACAAUGUUAAUAAUCAUUAUUUAUCGCUGAUCUUUUAAUACAACACUUUCUGUAAAUUAUAGCUUGGCUUUAGCAUCUUUUAACUAAACUGAUUUUCAGGCUGAUGUUUAGAGUAUUUCUAAUAUUUUAUCCAAAUUAAUGAUAUAUAACAGUGAGAAUAAAGAUCCGCUCUGUAUUACAGCAAUUUAAAAGCACAACAGUGACCAUAGUUUUAAUGAGACAAAGAAAAGGCCACGAUUUUACAUCAAUUAAAAUUCAUCGCAUGGCACGUUGAGACAACAACAGCUUCUUGUGCUUUAAAAUCUGACUAUAAUUACAAAUCUGUCAUAAUUGUACACAGUACAAAACUAUUUCUCAACUAUACAUUACAAAAAUUAAUGUUUAAAAAGGGACAGUAACACAAAUUAACUUGAUCUUAGAAAUAAACUAAAACCAAGUGCAUGCAGACGUUUCCUACAACAUUAAAACAUGUUUUCAUUUUCAAAAGAACCAGUUAAAAAAAAAACCUGUUAAUUGCACAUUAACAAACAGUUGGAUGGUUUUACUCACACAGGGACAUUAUUUUGUUUAUGGGAUGCAACUAAAGUAAUUACUAAGCUACCUUUUUAAAUGAACAGUUUUCAGGAUGUUCAAUACAAACACAACAACCCUAAAUACAUCUGUUAGAAGGUUUUGUGCAUUUAAUUAUUGUCAUUGUCAUCUAUUUAUGAAUUAGUUGUUUGGUUUAUAAGAUAUCAGAAAAUGGAGAAAAAUGUCAGUUGAUUUGAUCCACAACUCAGAUAUUUGAUGCCCUGUCCACAUAAAUGCAGAUAUUUUUCAAACAGGUAUUUUUUGCCACAGAUUAAAAAA